UGCCGCUCAAAUCAUCACCACACACAUCAGCAAAGACUUGCUUAGAGCCAUUCCAUCACAUAUACUAUCUCUACCAUCUACGGGACGGUUCACUCUGCCAUCUACGCAAUGGAACAGCCAAAUUCUGCUCCUUACGUGUCUAGUCCCUAUUCUAACAUGGUGGAUCUGCCUUCUUCCCACAUGCUGUUCCGUCCUGCGUCAAACGGUCCGACUACACCAGACUCUCGCCAGCACUCGUUCGAUGAGAGCUCGCUCUUCAGCACCGUGCCUCAGGAGAUUUUGAACUUCCCAGUGUCCAGAGUCGUGGAGAGUUCGCUCGAUCCACGGCUCAUGGAUAUGCCAGGCACUGUGAGCCCGGGAUCAUCGAGGAAUUCCAUGAGCCCAUCUCAAGGAAUCGCAACACCACCAUCCGACGGAUUAUAUUUGCCACCCUACCCUGAACAAUUACAACUCCCUCCAUAUCAGCUCCUUGAGCAACCGCUACCAUUCCGAUCAUGUUCGACAAGCCACCCCAAUUGGGCGAACAGUGGCGGUGACUGGGAACGCACCUACGCUGAAAACGAUCUCUGGAGUACUCAGCCCUUCGUGGCACAAGCUUGGGUUCCUGGCUUGUAUGAUGGAUAUGCUCCAUCCAACAUGCAGCCCAGCCACGCACAUGCAAGCAAUAGCUCCUCCUUUCCUCCAUUCACAUCUGCUGUGCCGAGUCAAUUUCCGUUACAUGAGGCUGUUCAGCCGAGAGCUGCCGCGGACUCGCCUGCCGGUGAAGAUGACAACGAGGAUGCAGACUCCUCUGACGAAGAGUCUGACUGGGAUGAAGAGGUAUCCGACUAUAGCCAUUCUGGAUCAUCGUCGUCGAAGUCGAAGACAAAAACCAAACCACCUUGUGUGCGGCAAGAUAGAUGGAUGGUCCCGACCAGCGCCAUACAACAUUUGGAGACACGAGGCUACGCAUGCAACGUGCCAGGAUGUACCACAGCUUUCGUUCGACCGGAACAUCUUCGAAGACACAUCAGGUCCAAGCACAGUGACGUAAAGGAAUAUAUUUGCGUCGUACCUGAAUGCAAAACCAACCCGUUCUCGCGGGGCGACAACCUGCGUGAUCACUACUGGACACAUGUCCAGCGCGGCGGCCGCAAUGGAAAGAACACAAAAUUUACGCUCCAAGAACUUAGGGCGAUACUAGGGCCAAAGGAGAGGAAGCUGAUGAAGGUACUUCGCGAAAAGCUGAGACGCCACCAAGUAAAGGAGCAACUGAAGAAGGAGCAGCGGCCAACACGGUCAGCGUACGCCGCAAGUUCCAUGUAGCAUUCAUUCUGAAUCAUUUCGGGUUUCUAGACUUUUAGAGUCGGUGUUGAGGAAGUAUGUGAUUUUAUUAGUUACAUGUUUCAUGGGAUAUUGGGUAUAUACAGGCGUCAUAUAAGAUUCUAAAUGAACAUUCCACCACAC